UUAAAAUUAAGCUAAAAAUUCUACUAUACGUUUCGCGGCAUCGAAGCAAGAAUGUCAGACUCAAAUUCCAGAGAGCAAGCCCUAGGAGGGGAACGCAGGGACUCCGAUCAAAACCCUAAUAAUGAUAAUCAUCAGACCGACCAGUCGCAAGAAUGGAAGACCAUGGCUGAAGCUUGGCUCUGCGCGUUCCCGGAGGCGAAGGCCGUGGCUGAGAGCCAAAUUGAAGCUUGGAUCGAUUCCAACCACGCCUUCUUGCCAGCAGAGCUGCAAUCCAUGCCUCGAUCGGACGUCAUUGAUCGUCUUCUGUCCAUACAGCAUUACAUGAGGCCACUGGACCAGCGUGAGGAAAAGGAGGCAAGUCAGGUGGAUCUUCCACCUGCUCGAUUUCAACGAACUGAUCAAUGGAUACCAGUUUAUUCAUGGUUAGAGUCUUUGGAUCAAGAUGAUGUGGUAAAAUCUAAAGAUAUCUCUGACUGGCUAGCUGCAAAUCCACAAGUCAAAGAACAGCUGUGCUCUAGGCAUUCCCGCUACCAUCUGAUGCACUACAUCAAGAAAUGUCAUUUAAAGAUUCUAAAAAGAAAGGAAAAGAAGGGUUUACAGCAACCCAGCAAAGAAACUGCUCUAAGAGUUCACAAGGAUAUUGUCAAACCUACAGUCACUAAUUCAAGCAACCCUUUGAGCAAUAUACCAAAAGAUAGUGAUUUGUACAUCACAAAACGAAAUGAAGCUUUACGCAAAUAUGAGAUUUUAGUGGAGCUGGAGAAAAAACUUGCCCCUGUGUUCUCAAGGCCUCAAACCUCUACCAAGUGAAGGAAUUUAGAAUCAGGUUGGUAGAGUGACUGCCUCUCACAAGAGUGAUACUUCCAUUUUCUUUUUUGUGUUUUAUAUAUCCUUUUACAAAUGAUAGACCAUGAGUGAUCAUCAUACCGUGCAGUCAAGGUUGUGAAAAUUUACUAUGAAAAUGACAAAAGUAGAUUUUGCCGGAUGUGAUCAGAUGAUGGCAAGAUUUUGAAAUAGGAACAUCGAACAUGGUUUGUUUCAGUUUGUGUAUAUAAAUGGAUGGGAUCUGGUGCCAUGUCUCCCAUUUUCUUCUAACGAUGUUUACAUUUGCAACAAAUAUGAAGUUUUUUUGUAGAAAAAAAAAA